CGCUGAAUUCACCAUCCAACGGACUGCACCCAACAUGCUUGCGAACGUCUGCCGGCGGCGGCUCACCAUCCCCCUCUCCCCAAUCCUCGCCGCCGCCGCCGCCGCCGCCAGCGGCAAGAAUCCCAUCCACUCCAACCACGCGCGCGCCCUCCUCUCUCAAAGCUACUACUCGUCCGCCGUUCAGGCGGCGCCCGACCGCGAGCCCUGCCCCACUACGGUCUCCUACCUGGUUUCCUGCGGUGUCUCCCCCGCCGUCGCCGCCGCUCGCAAGGUCCGCAUCCGGGACACGGACCGGGCCGACGCAGUUCGGGCCCUCCUGCGCAAGUACGGCUUCUCCGAGGCGGAUAUCACCCGCACGGUGCGUUUAGACCCGCUGCUGCUCACCUUCGAUCCAGACCGCACCAUUCGCCCCAAGCUCGACUUCUUCGUCUCGCUCGGGAUCCAGCCCCGCUUGCUCGCCACCGAGCCCCACAUCCUCGCCCGCAGCCUGGAAAAACACAUCAUACCCUGCAUCGAGUUUUUCCGCACCAUCCUUCGUACCGAUGACAACAUCCGCAUCGCCGUCUCCCGCGUGCCCCGCGCGCUCAUGACCGAUAUCGAGAGCACCAUGCGCCCCGCCGUCGAGGCGUUCCUCAGCCACGGUCUCUCCAUGGAAGCCAUCGCCAAGCUUCUCAUGAUUCACAUGGGAAUGAUCAAGACACCGCCGGAGCGCAUCCGCGAGGCCUUCCAUGACCUCAAGGCGCUCGGCCUCCGCGUCACGGAUACGGGCUUCCUCUACGGCUUCCGCGUCAUUUGCAGCCUUAGGAGGGAGACUAUGGUGCGCAAGGUGGCGGUUUUCAAGAGCUUCGGGGUGUCCGAAUCUGACCUUUUCAGGGCGUUCAAGACGCAGCCCACCAUACUGCUCGUCGGAGAUGAGACCAUAAAGAAGAAGUUCAGGUUUUUCUUGGAUGUGAUGAAGCUUGAGAUAGCUGAUGUGAUGGCGCAGCCACUGACUCUGGCGUUGAGCUUGGAGAAGAAUAUCAUGCCAAGGUGCGCCGUGCUGAGCAUAUUGAUGAAGGAGGGUAAGCUUAAGCGGACACAGAAGUUGAUUCCACCACUGCUUUCCAAUUCUAGGGUCUUCUCGGAGAGGUAUGUGUUGAGGCAUGCUAAGGAUGUGCCUGAUGUUGUUAAGGCAUUUGAGGGCAAGAUUAAAUUUCAAGGGUUUGGGGAAUCAGAGGUUAGGACUUCUGUGCCACUGAAUGACUGAAGCCCAAACCCCAGGAUUCUGAAAUCAUGCUUAUUUGUUAGAGGUAAGGCAGAUCAAUGCAUGUUUGCAAUUGUAAUCUUGUUCCAUUCAUACUCAUAGUGAAAUGUCUAUUUCUGGGGCCAUGUCGAAUGUCAUGGUUUUGCAUUUUUAUGAUACCCAUGCAUCCAGGAACAUGUACGUUGUGACGUUCUCAGCUGUGGUCGAUCUGGCAUGUGUGGCCUGCCAGUUCUUAAAUCAUGCUGUGGUUCAUAUGCUUAUGACCCGGAUGGAUUUGUUCAUUUUGAAACUCUGAUUAUUUGUACUGCUCUGCUGAGUGGAAAUGCUCAUGUUACUGGAAGUUCUGUG